AUGUCAAAGCAUUACGUUGACAGCCCCUUCAAUUCUCCAAGUUCAAUUGACAAAGAGAAGCCAGAUGUUGGGAAUGGGUCUUUCAGCUCAUUCUCGGACGUGGAGACACAGAGGGCGAUCAAAGGAAGCGAAAACUUCCACCGACUUGGCUGGAAACGCCUGACGAUUGUCCUUAUUGUCGAGGCGAUAGCUCUGGGGAGCCUUAGUCUUCCCGCGGCAUUUGCCACACUUGGCAUGGUUGGAGGUGUUGUCGCAACUGUUGGGAUUGGCCUGGUUGCGACAUACGCCAGUUACAUCGUUGGUCAAGUGAAAAUCAAAUAUCCCAAGGUGGAACACUAUGGCGACAUCGGAAGGCUCGUUCUAGGAGAUUUGGGAUUCUGGAUAAUCACAGUGGUUUUCAUGCUCAGCUUGUUGCUGAAUGCUGGUUCACAUUGUCUUACAGGUAUCAUUGCGCUAAAAGACAUCACUGGGAGCAGUGUUUGUACCAUCGUUUUUGGGCUGGUGUCCGCCUUGAUUCUCAUCUGCCUAUCCAUUCCACCAACUUUCGCCGACAUCGCCGUGCUGGGCUAUAUUGACUUCGCUUCGAUCAUAAUUGCCAUCGGCAUCACUAUCAUUGCCACAGGUAUUCAGCGCACUCAGACUCCAGGGGGUAUGUCCAGCUCAAACUGGUCGGCCUGGCCAAAAGAAGGCACGAGUUUCUCAACGGGGAUGGUGGCUAUCAACAACAUUGUCUUCGCAUUCUCAUUUGCACCCGCCUUGCCAUCCUUCAUGAACGAGAUGAAAGCACCCAAAGAUUACACCAAAGCUGUGUAUGCUCUGGGAGGGAUUGAAAUCGUCCUCUACACGCUGAUUGGCUCGCUGGUGUACGUUUUUGUCGGUCAGGAUGUGCAGUCCCCGGCUUUACUGUCUGCGGGGCCGCUGGUCUCGCGGAUAGCCUUUGGCAUAGCCCUUCCAGUCAUUUUUAUCUCUGGCUCUAUCAACGUCAGCCUCACUGCUCGCUACCUGCAUACGACUAUCUAUCGGGACUCGGUCAUACGUUAUGUGAACACGAAAGCGGGCUGGAUCACCUGGAUCUCGCUCGUGACGGUCUUGACAUUACUUUCAUGGGUAGUUGCUGAAGCGAUUCCCGUGUUUUCCGACAUCUUAUCCAUCUGCGCUGCUUUAUUCGCCUCAGGGCUAUGCUUUUACGUACCCCCGGUAUUGUGGGUUGUUCUUUUGAAGGAAGGCAGUUGGUUUUCAGGGCACAAUAUUCGAACUGCUUUUUACAAUGCGUUUGUAUUCGUGUUUGGGAUUGGAGUUCUCGUUUGUGGCAUGUACGCCAGUGUUGUCAGUUUGAUUCAAGCCAGCAACGACGGUGUUGGUAGACCUUUUUCGUGUUCGUCCAGUUAG